ACAAAAGUAGAUGUAAAUGGAAUCUAAGACAAAAUCUGUGUCAUGUCUUAACAGCCACAGGUUUUUCACUUCUUGCCAGAAAACUAGAAACUAACGUUCAAAGACUAAAAAAAUCUACACUGCCCCCCUAAAAUGGCAAGAGCUCCCUUGUCUCUGACCUCCAAAGCACCGUUACCACCACCAACAAUCACCCCACUCCGCCACCAACGUUCACCGAUCACCACAGUCCGCGUCAGUGCCACCGCCGUGACAACCACAGCAAUGCCAGACCACCACCCUACACUGGAAAUCAGUGGAGGAGCGGUUGAUCGUUUUCUCCCAGCUUUCAAGAGCCUUCACCUUCCUUACAAGCCUUUUCCGAUCGUUGGUUGGAACCGCCAUAUUGAGACCAUCUUCGCAGCCUUUUUCCGUAAAGUCCCCCACGUCAGGUACCGCCGUGAGUGCCUCCGGACUAAAGAUGCUGGCACCAUAGCCUUGGAUUGGGCCAGCGACGACCACCGCAGCUUGCCUGCUGACGCUCCCAUUCUCAUUUUACUGCCAGGGUUAACAGGAGGAAGUCAAGAUUCAUAUGUAAAGCAUAUGUUGGUGAAAGCUAGGAGCAAAGGUUGGAGGGUUGUGGUCUUCAAUAGCCGGGGUUGUGGUGAUAGCCCUGUUACAACUCCUCAGCUUCAAUCAGCAUCAUUUCCAGGUGAUACGUGCCAUGUAGUAGAUCAUGUUUCCUCCAGGUACCCCAAAGCAAAUAUUUAUGCUGCUGGUUGGUCUCUAGGAGGGAAUAUCCUUGUUAAUUAUUUGGGAAGGAAGGCGAAUAACUGCGCUCUUACUGGUGCUGUAUCACUGUGUAACCCUUUCGAUUUAGUAAUUGCAGACGAAAACCUCCGUAAGGGCUUUAACAAUAUCUAUGACAGAGCACUUAGGGAAGCUCUUUGUAGAAUUUUCACAAAACACGCUCCUCUCUUUGAAGAUAUAGAAGAUAAAUAUAAUGUCCAAGUGGGUUUGAAUCCCCAGACUGUCAGGGAAUAUGAUGAAGCUAUAACACGCGUGGCAUUGGGUUUCAAGUCAGUGGAUGACUAUUACUCAAAUUCAUGCAGUUGUCAUGUCAUACAACAUGUUCGGAUUCCUUUGCUUUGCAUCCAGGCUGCAAAUGAUCCGAUUGCUCCAAUUGAGGGAACUCCUCGUGAAGAUAUCAAGGGAAAUCCAAACUGCAUGUUGAUAGUAACACCCCAGGGUGGUCAUUUGGGUUGGGUUGCCGGUGAUGAGGCUCCCUUCGGAGCUCCUUGGACUGAUAAUGUGGUGAUGGAUUUCCUUGAGCAUCUGCAGAAAGAUGCACCCAAACCCCAAGAAAAUUCUAGCAAUGCAGAAGAUGUGCAGCAAGGUUCAGAGGACUUGCAUCAAGCAAAAGUAUAGUUUGCAAAGAUCAUGUAUGCACAUGUUCUUGUAUCAUUUAACCCUUAAUCUUGGCUGUACAAUCAUACCAUCAAGUUCCAUUAGAAAAAUCCAGAAAUCAUCUGAUUCUUUAUACUUUCACAUUGUUCUUA